GGAAUCGACUCCCAGCUCUGUGCCACUACAGUUGUAGAGUCGGCUUGUUGCUGUCAGGUUUAGUCAAGUGCACUUUCAGGAAAAUGGCUCCCGUAAAGAACAGAGUGUUUGUUGUUGGGGUGGGGAUGACAAAGUUUGAUAAGCCAGGUGCGAGAGAUGGAGAUUAUCCAGAAAUGGCCAAAGAAGCAGGAGAGAAAGCAUUGGCUGACGCAGGAGUGCCAUAUUCUGCAGUUGAGCAGGCCUGCGUGGGUUAUGUCUAUGGCGACUCUACCUGCGGACAGCGUGCUAUAUACCACGGGCUGGGACUGUCGGGAAUCCCUAUCAUCAACGUCAAUAACAACUGUUCCACGGGUUCCACAGCGCUCUUCGUGGCCCGACAGCUCGUCCAGGGAGGUUUGGCUGAUUGUGUGCUCGCUUUGGGUUUUGAGAAGAUGGAAAGAGGCUCCUUGUCCUCUAAGUACAUGGACAGAACCAACCCUAUGGACAAACACAUGGAGGUGAUGAUCAACCGAUAUGGCAUGGCUGCAGCUCCGGCAGCACCUCAGAUGUUUGGCAACGCCGGGAGAGAGCACAUGGAGAAGUAUGGAACCAAGCCGGAACACUUUGCCAAAAUUGCCUGGAAGAAUCACAAGCACUCGACCAACAACCCGUAUUCUCAGUUCCAGGACGAGUACAGUCUGGAGCAGGUGAUUAAAUCCCGUAAGGUUUUUGAGUUCCUCACACUUCUUCAGUGCUGCCCUACGUCCGACGGAGCAGGAGCAGCAGUGCUAGCCAGCGAGGGCUUUGUGAGGAAGCACGGUCUGGAGGCCAAAGCCGUGGAGAUCAUCGCUCAGGAGAUGGUCACUGAUCUCUCAACAACAUUCGAGGAGAACAGCUGCAUCAAGAUGGUCGGCUAUGACAUGACGCGCCUUGCUACUAAAAAGUGCCUCAUGUCGGCAGGCCUGAAUCCGGCGGACGUUGACGUCAUCGAGCUGCAUGACUGUUUCUCAGCCAACGAGCUCAUCACGUACGAAGCGCUCGGUCUUUGUCCUGAAGGUAAAGCCGGAGAGCUGAUAGACAGAGGAGACAACACGUACGGAGGCAAGUGGGUGGUUAACCCGAGCGGAGGGCUCAUUUCGAAGGGACACCCGCUCGGCGCUACAGGUCUGGCACAGUGUGCAGAGCUGUGCUGGCAGUUAAGAGGUGAGGCGGGGAAAAGGCAGGUCCCAGGAGCGAAGGUCGCCCUGCAGCACAACAUCGGCCUUGGCGGAGCUGUAGUGGUCACGCUAUACAGGAUGGGAUUCACUCAAGAAGCAAGGUCUCAGAUCGCUGCAGUUCCCACCAGCGCUGUCAGUGGACUGGAGGGCUUCAAAUCUCAUGCGGUUUUUAAAGAAAUCGAGAAGGUUCUGCAGGAGGAAGGAGAAGCAUACGUUAAAAAAAUCGGUGGCGUUUUCACUUUUAAAGUGAAGGACGGCCCGGAUGGAAAAGAAGCUCUGUGGGUGGUGGAUGUGAAAAACGGGAAAGGCUUGGUGAACAAUGACGCAGGGAAAAAAUCAGACUGCACGAUCAUGAUGUCCGACGCUGACCUCAUCGAACUGAUGACCGGGAAACUGAAUCCACAAACUGCCUUCUUCCAAGGCAAGCUGAAGAUUACUGGGAAUAUGGGAAUGGCGAUGAAGCUCCAGAGCCUCCAGCUGACACCAGGCAAAGCCAAACUGUGAAGAAUUCGGUCUAAAAUUCCCAGACCUAAGUGUGGAAUUCGUGGCCGCGACACUGAGCAUUCGAUAUAUACGAUUACAAAAUUCAACAUGUAUUAUAGUGGGCACUUCAGAUUAACAUUACUACCUCUUGCAGCAUUAUAAGAGGAACUCUAAAUAAGCUUUCGGGAACUAUGUUAAACGAUGAACGAUUAACUCAAAUGGCUCCGAUGAUGGUCUCACAUUUCUUUACUGGUUUAUUACAUUACAGACUUACACUACACCACAUAACGUGCCUCAAAUGCGGAGAAUAAUCAUUACAUUCAAUCUCUCAAUUUUAGAGAAGCUCGAUCAUGCUGAACCAUAUAAGAUCUUCCUAGUGUGGAAAGAUGAAUCGGGGAUUGUGAAAUAGUUCUAAAUGGUCAAGAUCACCCGGAAAUUGUUAGUUAAAUGGCUAGAAUAUUAUCUGCCCAUUUCAUAUGGGUGUGAGAGCUCGUCAUUGCACUGUUAAUUGUAUAUGCAGAUUAUGAAAAAGCUCAUUUUUAAUAAAGAUUUCUUCUAACAAAAUGGUCCUUUUCAUGUGAAAGACACAUGUGUAAAUAUUAAUUAAAGGCCAAAAAUCAAA